CGAGCGCUUCCUCGCCGGUUGGUCCUGUACUCGCACAGCUCUCGGAGCCGCCUCCUUCUGCUGCCGCCGCCCUGUUCUCUCGGGAUUCCUUCUCCGCGGAAGAUAGACGCUUUGCUUGAGAGAAGUUGAAGUGGGCCAGGGGGAGUGCCGAGGAGGAGCAGCGGGGAGCUGUUUCAGUGACGGCUUCGAGUCCAGACGCCGGGAGCGUGGGGCUCCGGCCGCCGCGAAUCUCGCCCACCUUCCCGCGGCCGCCGGGUGGGCGGGCGGGCGAUGCGGCCGCCGAGCCCCGCGGCGCCGAGAGGAAAGAGGGCGCCCCGGAGAGCCUAGAGCUUGUUUCUGCCCACUUGGGGAAGGACGCAUGGAGUUGUGAGCACCCCUCGCUCGGCGAGGCCGCCCCCGGCAGGCUCCCCAUGGCCGGGACGUACAGCUCCACCUUGAAGACGCUGGAGGACUUGACCUUGGACUCCGGGUAUGGGGCCGGGGACUCGUGCCGCUCGCUCAGCCUCUCGUCCUCCAAGUCCAACUCGCAGGCGCUCAACUCUUCGGCGCAGCAGCACCGCGGGGCGGCCUGGUGGUGCUACUCCGGCUCCAUAAACAGCCGCCACAACAGCUGGGACACGGUGAACACGGUGCUGCCCGAGGACCCCGAAGUGGCCGACCUCUUCUCGCGCUGCCCGCGCCUCCCCGAGCUGGAGGAGUUCCCCUGGACCGAGGGAGACGUGGCCCGGGUGCUUCGCAAAGGUGCCGGCGGCCGGCGGCAGCCCCUGUUCUCCGCCGAGGCGGUUAGGCGCCUGGCGGGGCUGCUCCGCCGGGCGCUCAUCCGUGUGGCCCGCGAGGCGCAGCGCCUGAGCGUGCUGCACGCCAAGUGCACCCGCUUCGAGGUGCAGAGCGCCGUGCGCCUGGUGCACAGCUGGGCGCUGGCCGAGAGCUGCGCGCUAGCCGCCGUCAAGGCGCUGUCCCUGUACAGCAUGAGCGCGGGCGACGGGCUGCGCCGGGGCAAGUCGGCGCGCUGCGGCCUCACCUUCUCGGUUGGCCGCUUCUUCCGCUGGAUGGUGGACACCCGCAUCUCCGUGCGCAUCCACGAGUACGCGGCCAUCUCGCUCACCGCCUGCAUGGAGAAUCUGGUGGAGGAGAUCCGGGCCAGGGUGCUGGCCAGCCAGAGCCCCGACGGUGGAGGGGCCGGAGGCGGGGAGGUGUCCGUUGAGGCCCUGGAGAUGGUCAUCAACAAUGAUGCCGAGCUCUGGGGCGUCCUGCAGCCCUAUGAGCAUCUCAUCUGCGGCAAGAACGCCAAUGGUGUCCUCUCCCUCCCUGCGUACUUCAGUCCCUACAACGGCGGGUCCCUGGGCCACGACGAGCGCGCCAAUGCCUACGCCCAGCUGGAGCUCCGGACCCUGGAGCAGUCCCUCUUGGCCACCUGCGUGGGGAGCAUCUCGGAGCUGAGCGACCUGGUCUCCCGCGCCGUGCACCACAUGCAGGGGCGCCACCCGCUCUGUCCUGGCUCCAGCCCCGCCCGCCAGGCCCGCCAGCCACCCCAGCCCAUCACCUGGUCCCCUGACGCCCUCCACACGCUCUACUACUUCCUGCGGUGUCCACAGAUGGAGUCCAUGGAGAACCCCAACCUGGACCCCCCGAGGAUGGCCCUGAACAACGAACGGCCCUUCAUGCUGCUGCCGCCGCUGAUGGAGUGGAUGCGCGUGGCCAUCACCUACGCGGAGCACCGCCGCAGCCUCACCGUGGACAGCGGCGACAUCCGGCAGGCAGCCCGGCUGCUGCUGCCCGGCCUGGAUUGUGAGCCCCGGCAGCUCAAACCCGAAUGCUCUUUCAGUUCCUUCCGGAGGCUGGAAGCCCGAGCGGCUACUGAAAAAUUCAACCAGGACCUGGGUUUCCGCAUGCUCAACUGCGGGAGGACGGACCUCAUCAGCCAGGCGAUCGAGGCCCUGGGUCCCGACGGGGUGAACACCAUGGAUGACCAGGGUAUGACGCCGCUGAUGUAUGCCUGUGCCGCUGGGGAUGAAGCGAUGGUCCAGAUGUUAAUUGAUGCUGGAGCAAACUUGGACAUCCAGGUUCCAAGCAACUCUCCCAAGCAUCCCUCCAUCCACCCUGACAGCCGGCACUGGACCUCACUGACAUUUGCUGUGCUGCAUGGACACAUCUCUGUGGUCCAGUUGCUGCUGGACGCCGGUGCCCACGUGGAGGGCUUGGCAGUGACCGGUGGCGAGGACAGCUACGCGGAGACACCCCUGCAGCUGGCUUCUGCAGCCGGGAACUACGAGCUGGUCAGCUUGCUGCUCGGCCGGGGCGCCGACCCCCUCCUCAGCAUGCUCGAAACCAACGGCAUGGCCUCCUCCCUCCACGAGGAUAUGAACUGCUUCAGCCACUCAGCCGCCCAUGGCCACAGGAACGUCCUGAGGAAGCUCCUGACGCAGCCGCAGCAGGCCAAAGCAGACGUGCUGUCCCUGGAGGAGAUCCUGGCUGAGGGCGUGGAGGAAAGCGACACGUCGAGCCAGGGCAGUGGCAGCGAGGGGCCCGUGAGGCUGAGCCGGACGCGCACCAAGGCCCUCCAGGAGGCCAUGUACUACAGCGCGGAGCACGGCUACGUGGACAUCACCAUGGAGCUGCGGGCACUGGGCGUCCCCUGGAAGCUGCACGUCUGGAUCGAGUCUCUGAGGACGUCCUUCUCCCAGUCUCGGUACUCGGUGGUGCAGAGCCUCCUGCGGGAUUUCAGCUCCAUCAAGGAGGAGGAAUACAACGAGGAGCUGGUGACCGAGGGCUUGCAGCUCAUGUUCGACAUCCUCAAGACCAGCAAGAACGACUCUGUCAUCCAGCAGCUGGCUGCCAUCUUCACGCACUGCUAUGGCAGCAGCCCUAUCCCCAGCAUCCCCGAGCUCCGCAAGACCCCGCCGGCCAGGCUAGAUCCUCACUUUUUGAACAACAAGGAGAUGUCGGAUGUGACCUUCCUUGUGGAAGGAAAGCUGUUUUAUGCACAUAAAGUCCUGCUGGUGACAGCUUCUAACAGGUUCAAGACACUGAUGACCAAUAAAUCAGAACAAGAUGGCAACAGCAGCAAAACCAUUGAGAUCGGUGACAUGAAGUACCACAUUUUUCAGAUGAUGAUGCAGUAUCUGUACUACGGGGGAACAGAAUCCAUGGACAUCCCCACGGGCGACAUCCUGGAGCUGCUGUCAGCUGCCAGCUUGUUCCAGCUGGACGCCCUGCAGCGGCACUGCGAGAUCCUGUGCUCCCAGACCCUGAGCGUGGAGAGCGCCGUGAACACCUACAAGUAUGCCAAGAUCCACAGCGCCCCCGAACUGGCCCUGUUCUGCGAGGGCUUCUUCCUCAAGCACAUGAAGGCCCUGCUCGAGCAGGACUCCUUCCGGCAGCUCAUCUACGGCCGCAGCAGCAAAGUGCAGGGCCUGGACCCACUGCAGGACCUGCAGAGCACCCUGGCCGAGCGCGUGCACUCUCUCUACGUCACCUCACGGGUGUGAGGUUGGGGGACGGCUGGCUCUGGGCCGGGCUCUGUCGCCAGGCAUCCUAGCGGGUGGGAAGGGCCGGGAGCAAGU